CCAGCGGCGCAGACAGUUCGAAAUUUCCGCGGCGAUUUUCGAACCAUUGAGAGACUUUUAGUGUGUGUAUGUGUGGUGUAGCAAUAGCUCAAUGAAUGCGAAGAGUGAAAUUAAAAAAUUAAUACAAAAUUGCAGUUGAAAUUUACGCACUUUAUUGCGCCCAGACAGCAGUCACUAAGCGACACUCACUGUUGAAGCUGUUUUGAAGUGUCGGGCGGCGUGCGGCAGCAGACAUGACAACAGCAGUAGUUCGAGGGCCCUGGUUUGGCAUACGCCAUCUGCAGGCAUUGCUAAUAUUCUUCAAUAUUGUGGUCGUCUAUUUUAGUCGUAUCAAUGUGUCCGUUUCGGUGGUGGCUAUGACCAAUGCCAAUACAACAAAUCCAAAUUUUCCGGAAUACGAUUGGAAUGAGAAGCACAAAUCGGUCAUCAUUUCAAGCUUUUAUUGGGGCUAUGUCGUCACACAAUUCCCUGGCGGUUACCUUAGCCGUCGCUUCGGUACAAAGGUCGUAAUGCUGGGUUCGACUAUUUGCUCUGCCAUUUGCAGUGUGCUGACACCGAUUUUAAUACCACUUGGCGGCUGGCAAGCUUACUGCACCAUACGUAUUAUAAUGGGUCUCGCACAGGGUGUGAUUUUUCCGGCUAUACAUCAACACCUGGGCAAAUGGUCACCGCAAAAGGAACGCAAUUUCUUGGGCACCAUCAGUCACUGCGGCACCGAUUGCGGCAUUAUUAUGUCCAUGGGUGUAAGUGGUCUCAUUGCCAGCAGUGCGAUCGGUUGGCCUGGCAUAUCAUACGUAUCGGCUGGCGCCUGCUUCGUUUGGUGCGUAUUGUGGCUAUUCUUUGGUUAUGAUAAUGCGCCGUCGGCACGUUUCAUAACGCCUGAGGAACGUCAGUAUAUCGAGUCCGAUCUGAUGCGUGAGGAUGAUUUCCAUAAACAGAAUAUACCGGUGCCAUGGUUGGCGAUCUUCACUUCGGUGCCAUUCCUCAGUCUGCUGGUGGUGCGCUGUGCACAAGCUUGGGGCUACACAACACUCCAAGCGCAGAUACCCUCCUACAUGGCGGGCGUAUUGAAUAUGGAGAUAAAGAGUAACGCGCUCUUCUCAGCACUGCCAUAUAUGGCAAUGUUUUGCUUGACUUUUGUUUUUCUCUUCAGCGCCGAUUUCGUCAUGGCCAGAGGCUUGCUUACGCUAACGAUUUUGCGUAAAGUGUGCAACACGAUCGCCUUGUGGAUACCGGCCGGCUUAAUGGUCGCCAUCGGUUUUCUGGACGAAGAACAAAAGACGCUGGCGAUCGUGUUGAUGAUCUUGAACGUCGGCUUUAAUGCGGGCGCUACAAUUGGCAGCACCUUGAAUACGAUCGAUCUGUCGCCGAAUCAUGCGGGUGUGCUGAUGGGCAUUGUCAAUACGAUUGCCAAUUUUGUGCCAAUCGUAACGCCACUGCUGGUCGGCGUCAUUGUAACGGAUGAGCACGAUCGCGCGCUUUGGCAAAUUGUUUUCAUUAUUUCAGCAGCAAUUUUCUUCUUUGGAAAUUUGGUUUAUAUUAUAUUCGGAUCUGCGUUAACACAACCAUGGGAUGCACCCGACUUUUUGAUGCGUGAUAACAUGGAGAGUUACCAAAACGAUGCUUCUAAAUCUGAAUUGAAUAGUAGUCCGCUUACUCAGAGCACAGUGCAGUUGGUGAAAGCAGAAAUGCUACAGACCGAACUCACGUAUGCAGGCGAGGAAGGAGUAGACAAUGGUAGUGCUGGCAACCAGCAGCUGAAACAUGAUUAACGCUUAAAAUAACUAUGUUCUGGAAAAUAUGUGAUUUCAUAUUUGGUUUUGUAUAGUUUUUAUUGUUUUUUUCCGAUCUUUUAGAAGUAUGCAAUCUUCUGAAGACGGCGUGAAUGUAGUCCUAACAUAAUAAUAAUGUAUAAACUAUAUAUGUAUAUAAUAGUAAAUAAUGUAACUCGUGUUGUAAAUGAGUGUGUCUAGACCAAGUUAUUAAAAUAAUCUAACAGUGACAUGAAA